AUUAAUUGAAUGGGUCAGAGAAAUUAAGCGGUGGUUCAUUCAUUAGCAGGGACUCGAAUCUCUGUCGUGUUUUUCUUUCUUUUUUUCAAUCUAAUGGCAUGAAAGACAAAUAUUUGUUGUUGGGUUUUUUGUGCAGAAAAUUGAUCUGACUGCAUCUGUGCCCCCGCCCCAAAGAAACUAAAAGAGUAUAUGAAGACAGAUGGACAGAAGCAAUAUACAUGCAUAUGUCUGCUGACAUAUACAAUGCCCACUGAACUAAGCUUUUUUGUAUAUUAUGUUUUUUUUGCUAUUAGUGGGCAGUGAAUUUAAUUAUAAAGUCACUGACCUUUUCCUUUGUCCACUUCAGCAGUUUUCUGUGGCACUGAGUUGCAGGUUUUCUAUAGGUCACGCUCCUGUUGCUCUGUGCCAGAGUGACCGUUCAUGUAAGAGUGACCGUUGCAUUGUUUUGGUUUGAUUUAUCUCUGAAGCACAGAAGUGGGGAAUUUCCUCCCUUUGCUAUGUGUUUGGACCAUUUACACAUAAAGGUGAAGGGUUAAAGAUUCAUUAAAAUUCCUUCAUUUACCAGACCGGUUAAAUUGCUCCUCUGGAUCUGUUCAAUGUGUCCAAGCAUUGUUGUAAGAUGUAAUAUGUAAAUUAGAGGAACUGUAAAGCGAUAAUAAACAAAAAAAAAUCUUCUUUGUCAUUUAAUGGGCCAGACUCUUACCUCCGAGAGGUUAACCGUUGUUAAACACAGAGUUAUCUCAGCUAUAAUACUGGAGAUUUGUGUCCCUCGUUUAGCCUUGAGGCGACAGUGUCUUUUCUUGUUGCUGCUGUAAAAGGUUUUACAUGAAAUGUCAAAAACUGAUAAGGGCAGUAAAUGAUCUGCAUCAUCUGUAUUAGUCAUGUCAAACAUUGAUUCAGUAAUUUGUAAGUAAAUUGAUUGUUUUGUGGGUAUUGCACUGAUGUCUAUCAGAACAUAAUUUCUUUUCUUUUUUUACACUUUAACUAAAUUUGACAGCGGCAUCUGUUUUGUUUCUUUUUUUUAAGAUAAUUUGCUGAUUUAUUACAGGUCAUUGACAACAGGUCAGCAAUGGAUAAGACUGAGAAUUGAUAGCAUUAGUUUCAGGUUGUUUUCAUCCAUGCUCUUAAACUUAGUAACGCUCACAUGACUACAGGUUUUAUUUUUAGCCAAUCCAACUAUGUGCUCUGCUUACUGGAAGCCCCGUUCCUCCAAUGCUGUGUGUUUCAGACGGAUGGCACACAUGUGUCCUACUGUAUUAUUUUACAUACAUUUUAUUAUCAACUUUUGUUAUAUAAAGUGUAAAAACCUGUCAUGGUGAUACUAAUAUUUGAAAUGACAGGAAUAGUUUCAGAAGUAUGUGGCACUGCAUGCAGAAGCAAGAGCGUUAUGAAACAAUGGCUUUUGUGUCAGGUCCUCUUGUUUGCGUCACCCUGUGUUGCUCACAGAGUUCACUGCGGAACUAUGGCCAAGGUGAAAGGGCAAACAGAAGAAAUUCUAUCAACGGUUGGUCUGUAAGUCACUGAGUUAUGUGCAAUAGGUUAUAAGACCAUUCUUUUAUAAUUUGCUUACAGCUUUGUCAAGAAGUAUUCACUCAGGAUUAAAGAGCCGCAACCUUUACAUGUCUGAAAAAUAGAAAACCAAUCAUGUAUACUCGAUCCCAGCAGCUGUGUCUUUGAAGGGCAUCAAGAAAACUACAUAGUGAAAAUGUUGAAAUGAAAUAAUUGGCAUAUGUUUUUAUUGACAAAUCUAUUGAACAACAUGAUGUUUUUGGAGGCCAAACAUGACCUUUCACGCAAGAGGGAAAUCCUUUGAGAAACUCAGAACCAUUCCAAAUGCAUAUAAAUGUGUAAUAAUAGUUUAGAUGACUGUGGCCCUUUACUGACAGGUUACUUUUAUUGACCGUAUAUAAUUUGAUGCUGCACUCACAACAGCUCCCUCCUUUUUUUGGAGGAGUCUGUGACUGUGAGACCCUGGAGGUUGUACUGCCCUUUGGCAGAUCAAGUUUCAGAUGUGCAAAUCUCAUGACCAGCUCAGGCUACUAGUGGAAAUUUCCACUUCUGAGUCAGAGAGAACUUUAUGAAUGUGGUGAUGUCAAGUCUGAUCAAACAAAAUGCUGAACAAAGCUCAUGUUGUGGGAGUUUUAAGGUGCAAGGAUUUUUUUUCUCAUGUAGAAAAACUAGGGGGAAUACAUAAGAAUGUAAUAUUACUCAAAAAACACAACCUGCAUUCCUUAAAAGAAAUGAGGAAAUGGUUGUAAAAGUGGGUUACUAGUUAGUUUGGAAAUGAAACUAACUUAACUAAACAAACUGCUUAUUUCGAGUUCCACAACAUGUUUUUUGUAAACCUUUAAAAUAAGAUUUUAAUUGUAUUUGUAGUCCAAUACAUAAGCAUUUCAAACGAUACCUUAACAGGACUGCCGUUGAUUAUAUAACGUCACAUAAAUGGCCAACAUUUAUUGGCUGUGUACAGAGACGAGGCCAAAGGCAACGCCAUCUGCCAAGUAAGUCUGGCCGUGGGUUUCAGAUAACUUCUGAGGCAUUUGAGUGUUGGGUAAGUGUUUUCCUGUGCUUCAUGUUUGUGUAUUCAGAAAAGUGGAGGAGGUUUUCUGUUAGACACAUUUAAUUAAGAUGAAGAGGGAAGAUGGAUUACAGCUUGACUCCACCUACAAGGCGAUGAGUAAAUGGUGAUGGUGAAGGACCAGAUCACACUGAAAAGUUUCUAGAGGACGGAUUUUCUUAAUUUUCUUGGAGGCCUUGAACAACUGGUAUUCCUGGUUUACAACAUGACGGGUUUGGUCAGAACAUCCAUGAGCUCCGACUUUUCACACUUCAGUUCCAGGAUGCCAAAUAUAGGGUUCCAGAACCUCCCUCUUAACAUCUACAUUGUGGUGUUUGGGACAGCCAUCUUUGUCUUCAUCCUCAGCCUGCUCUUCUGCUGCUACUUAAUAAGGUUACGACACCAGGCGCACAAGGAGUUAUAUGCAUACAAACAGGUCAUACAGAAGGAAAAAGUCAAAGAGUUAAACUUACAUGAAAUAUGUGCGGUUUGUUUGGAGGAGUUCAAACAGAAAGACGAGCUGGGGAUCUGUCCAUGCAAACACGCCUUUCACAGGAAGUGCCUCAUUAAAUGGUUGGAGGUGAGGAAAGUGUGUCCGCUGUGCAACAUGCCUGUUCUACAGCUGGCCCAACAGGCCAGCAGCACAGAUGCCACAGAGCCGACACAGCAGCCUCUGCCCGGCAUCGAGAACCUGGUGUAGCAGACGUAAAAAAAAAACAAAACAAGUACAGAGCAGAUCACACACACCCACAGUCACAGUCAUACACUCACCCGCACAGGUACAGUCCAGAGACACAUAACACAAGCGGCCAUUCAGCACCAACUCUGUCACCUGCAGCGGUUCACAGAGGGAUUUCCUGUCGUCAGAUUCCGACAGAUAAUUAACUGUGAACGUAGGUUGUUUUUACACGGACGAUGAACAAGAGUUGAUCUAGAGAAAGAAUCAGAACUUGGCCGUGGUAUGGUCAAAUAACUUUCACAACCAAAGCACUUUUCUGGGAACACCAGCCGAAGACCUGGAUGAAGAAAAACAUAAAAGCCAAGAACUAUAACACACUAAAAUACAAAUUGUUCAUUUCUUCCUUUUUUUUUUUAAUAAGCACUUUAAUAAGAAGUCAAGACUUAAUUGCUUAUGAUCUUAGGAGAAGGUUUUGUUUUGUAUUUUAUUAUUAACUUGUUUUGUUUUUUUUUUGUGUAGUGCAGAACUAUUUGGGUUUUCACUUUUAAAAUGGAAAGACUUUAUUUUACAAAUGUGUCAAAAAAAAGGGACAAAAAUUGUUACAGGUGCAGAGUGCGUCAAAAAUUUUCUUCAAUUUUUCUUUGGAAAUUCUGCACAGAAAAUGACCUCAAACCCACCUAGUGUGUGGGUAAAUGUGAAACAUCUUGAACACUAACACUUUUUAUGAAGCCUACAUAUUUACAUUUUUUUUCCAUCCAUCACACCAUUAUUAUUCAUAAAAUAUACUCUGGUGGUGUCCAAAAAAAGGGUGACACGGUGAACAAAUUCAAAUUUCUAUUUUCUUGGUGCUGCCUUUCUAGGAAAUGUGACUCAGCACCACUUUAACAAAAGAAGAAAAAAAAAGAAAAA